UGACAAUCGGAACGCGGAUCGUAUUGACUGACCCUUGCAAAGUAGCCGUGGGUCAGUGGACUGGCUGAGUACGGGACGGAGUGCUCUGCAUGAACGUACAGCGACAGCAACAGCGACGACGUGGCUGACGACGACACUCCUCACAUCAUCGCUGUACUAAAAGAUGCACCGCAAGAAAUAUACACUACCCCAUCACAAUGAAUCUUGUGUCCGAGACGAGGGGGAGAAGGACCCGGCGUUACAGAAGUUUAAAGCUCAGAUCCAGGACUUGCUGACUGACAAACACGAUGAUUACUCGUUGACUAAAUGGCUUAAAGCUCGGCAGUUCCACGUUGCCAAGGCCGAACACAUGUUUAGAACGAGCAUGGCCUACAGAGAAAAGAUGAAGAUAGAGGACCUUGUUAAGAACUACACUCCACCUGAGGUUCUCCAGAAGUACCUGACGGGUGGGUUUUGCGGGUACGACAAAGAGGGGUCGCCUGUCCGGGUGGAGAGGUACGGGUAUCUGGAUAUGAAGGGUAUCAUGUACUCCUGCAAGAAACUCGACCUGGAGAAAACGAAGAUCCUGCAGUGUGAGAGGACUGUCAAGGACUGGGAGACGCAGUCACAGAAGCUGGGACGGCGCGUGGACGGCAUCACGGUCAUCUUCGACAUGGAGGGCGUCAGCAGCCGUAUGAUGUGGCGACCUGGCCUACAGAUGUAUCUCUACCUGGUGAAAGUCCUCGAGGACAACUACCCCGAGAUGAUGAAGAGGAUGUUUGUUGUUAACGCUCCCCGGAUCUUCCCCCUACUCUACAAGCUCUGCCGCCCGCUCAUCAGCGAGGACAUGAAAAACAAGAUCCAUGUGCUUGGAGGAAACUUCGCGGGCGUAUUGUUGGAACACAUCGACGCAGAUCAACUUCCGGUCUUCCUUGGUGGAGCUAUGACGGGCAAAGAUGGCGACGCUUAUUGCACAGAUUCGAUCCCCGCGGGCGGUGAUGUACCGGAGACCUACUACCUGCAGAGCCUGACUAAUACUGACAACAUGGAGACCACCACUAUUCCCCGGGGAGACAAGAUCGUCCUGAAGUAUGAGGUGGACACGCCCGGCAGCAUCCUCAGGUGGGAAUUUAAAACUGAAGGAUUCGACAUCAGUUUUGGAGUGUUCCUGCAGAGAGAGGGUUCAAAGAUUCCCAUCGUGCCCCUAGAACGGGUUAACAGUCAUAUGGUACCAGAAGAUGGAAGCUGUACGUGCGAGGAGGCGGGAACAUACGAACUUUGUUUUGACAACUCGUACAGCUGGGCGCGAGGAAAGACGAUUCAGUACAGCGUGGAGAUAGUGGAAGCAGACGACAACAUUAAAACGGAGAUAGACCACAUGAUCGUUGGAAAUGGGGGUUGGAACGAUCUCGUCAUCGGUGAUACCACCGUCACUACCCGGAUGUAGGGUUCACGUGAUGGGAGACAUCGGGUAUCACGAAUGGUGCGGAGAAGGGUUGUUGGCUUCCACUAUGACCACGCGCAGGU